AUGGCACAAGAGAAACAAAAAGCAAAUUCUAUAUACGAAGCAAGAGAUGAUGAAAUGGUUUCUGUGAAAGAUGGGAAAUCCAGAGUAAGAAUCGCAAGAUUUCUCAGACCAUGUACCAGACAUGUCCGUCAAGCUGUUGGUAUUCCUCAUACUCCAUUGCUGUCUGAAAUUUUCUCUCACGAUCUUCAACAAUGGCCGUCACAGGUUCUCUUCAAGGGUUGGAAACAACCCCAGAAGAAAUGGAAAGAAUGGGUCGACCGUUUGGCUCCAAAACACGGUGCCAUUUGGAAUCAAACCGGUAUAUGUGAUGCUAUCAUGGCUUCAAUCUAUGAAAUGCGUUGCAAUCAGGAUUUACUACUCGGGUUAUCGGAAUUUUGGUGUUCUAAAACAAACACAUUUGUGUUUCCAUGGGGUGAAGCAACGAUUACCCUAGAAGAUGUGAUGAUCAUCGGUGGGUACCCAGUUCUCGGUAAGCCCGUGAAUAGUCCUCUUUCUGGGGGACUAGUGAAAAUCGAAGAAGCCAUGAACAAACAUCGAAUUGAACUUUGUAGAAGUAAAGCUAAAAAGGCCACUCAUGGUGGGUGGCUCAGCAAAUUUAUGGAGGUAGAGACUGAGUAUGAGUUUGAGCAUGUUGCAUUCUUGUCACUUUGGUUGUCAAGGUAUGUGUUUCCUUCUCUUCCUGAAGAAACCAUUGGAAAACAUGUGUUCCCAAUUGCAGCCCAGUUGUCCCAAGGUGUACAACUUGCUUUAGCCCCUGCUGUUCUUGCAAGUCUAUAUCAAAACUUGACAAUGUUGAAAGAAAAAGCUAUGGUCUCUGCUGAGUCCAUUAUAGUUUCAGGACCUUUACCAUUGUUGCAGCUUUGGGCAUUUGAAAGGUUCCCACUUGUGGGACCGAAUUUGGAUGAGGAAUUGCAAUCUUUUUUUAGAUGCUUACAGGUUUCUGAGCUUGUUGGAAUAGGUUGUAAAGAGAAGUAUAUGCCACACCGAGUGGGGAUGCAGUUUGGAAUGGAUCAGGAUCUUCCUUGUGAUGGUUCUAGUUCUGUUUUCACUUCUUCAAGUAGGGAAAAUGUUUUCUUUGUUCCACCAAGAAACUUCGAGCCUGGUGUUUCAGUUAGGUACUUCAAUUGGUGGAAGGAUUCUAUGUGUGCUCGCAAAGAUGCAGUUCAUGGUGUCAUAGCACAGAAAAGAAUUAUGAAGUCUAAAUCUUUACUGUCAGCUCAAACAAAAAUGAAGAAAAAGGAUUUAGGUGCCUCAGUUGAAUCAAAAAGUCUGAAACGGUGCAAUACCAUAUCAAGAUUUUCAGGAAAAUCUGGUGAUAAGGGAAGCCUUAAGACUGCUGCUAGUAGAAUAACUACGAAAUCAAAAACAUCUCCAUCAGUUGGGGCAAAAAAUUGUAAGGAUGACAGCCAUGCUGCUGUUUCAUCAAGGACACAGAAAAGUCCUGAGGAAUUAUUUCGGGUUUCUUCAAAAUCCAAUGUUGAAGAGAGUCAUGCCUCAGUUACUCCUUCCAGUAAUAUAUAUCAGGAUUCAAGUGAUGAUGAUAAUAUUUUGCUAGCGGAUCGUUUGGCAAGAAAAGCCAAUUCAUGUAAACUAUUUCCUAGAGUUGUCAAUGAGAAUAGGAGAAAAAGAAAAUUCCUCAGCACAACAGAAGAGAAUCCACAAGGGAAAGCAACCAUCGGAUUGGUUAAGGUUGCCAAAAAAUUGGAGAGAAAGGAUGAUGAUUCCAUGAAUGGACCCAAAGGGGUUGCUACAGAUGUGAAAAGAAAGGCAGAUCAGUCUGCGAAUGGACUCCUAGGGGUUGCUAGAAAAGUGGAGAGAAAGGCUGAUGAUUCUGCGAAUAUACCCAAAGGGGUUGAUAGAGAUGUGAAAAGAGUGGCCUCUGAUUCUGCAAAUGAUCCAUUAGACUUUGUAGUACUAAGCAAAAGGAUGGAACAGAACAAAAGCUGCAGAGAAUCAGUUAAAGAUGUUGCUAAAGAAGGGGAGGGAAAAAAAUUUAAGAAGGCUGGAGAGUCCUCUGAUAAUCCUAUAAAUAUUGAUGGCUGCGUGAGGAUUUCAACAAGUAGAGUUCAGAAACGUCCUCCAGAUCUAGAAGAAAGGGUUCAGAUUCUUCAGAAGCUAGAGGAACUUUUGGGGGUGGAGAGAUACUAG